AGAUAAAUUCUGAAUGAACCUUGAAAUUUGGCCCUUGGUAGUCUUCAUUUCUCUUCAAUCGCAAUCAAUUCGUUUUCAUUGAUUUGUUAUUAUAAUCAUAAUGUAGUAGCUAGAAAGAAAUCGAAUUGGGGUUAACUCAGAAUGUCUUGCGCGGUCAUCAACCCUGUCAUAUUUUGUAAAUUAAAUACCUACAUCGAUCUGUGAUUGGUGAAUACGGGCAGUAGCAUAGGGCGAGGAUUGUCAGAAGUUCCGAGUUUCCUAGUACACCCAGAUUUGAUUAAAAAAGAAAGAUGUGAAUGAAAGAGUAGGUAAAAAUACUCGUCUGAGCUGCGAUCGACAUUUACUGCAAAAUGCAGAAGAAGGAAGAGAGUUUCGAACAAAAACGAAUAGAAAUUGAGACAUGGCUUCAAAGAAUGGAAUCCAGGCUAGCUGUCCUAGCUCCUGUAGGACAUACUGCUGAUGUUUUAGAAGUACAACUUAGGGAACAAAAGGCCUUACAUGCCGAAUUACAUCAUUUCAAGGCACAAAUUGAAGCUUUUCAGCUUUUAACCCAAAGACUGAUCACUGCCCAUCAACAUGAAGAUACUAGUCGAUACAAGAAGGCUAACAACCAAUCUAACUUUCACUUUUUCAAGUCUGCAGAAUAUAUUAAUCAACAUUACACUCGUCUCGAUGCAUGCAUCAUCAAUAGAGGGAAACUUUUGCACUCGGCUUUAAGUUCUCUCCAAAAUCUGGACCGAUCUCUAGAUAAAUUUCUUGCUUGGUUGAGUGAGGCUGAGUCUGUCGUCGAGACUUUAGAGGGUGAAGUAGAGUCGAGAAGAGCCACACAGCAAUUGAAAGAAUUGCAGGCAGAUAUUGAAAGGCAGACUACGACUCACGCUGCUUUAAAAGCAGCUAGCAUGACACUUUUGGGAUCGCUUGCACCAGAAGAUGCUUUAAUGCUUCAGCUAAGGGGUGACGAGAUGGAACGUAGAUGGCAGGCGCUGAAAACGAACACAUCGGACCUUAAAAAUAGACUCGAACAUAACGCGGAUUAUUGGGGUGCUCUGCUUCUUUCGCUAAGAGAAUUGACAGAGUGGGUUAUAAGAAAAGACACAGAAUUGGGAUUAGCGGCUCGCCAAGACGACCAUAGGGCCUUCAGACAACAGCUGGAGGACAAGAGACCGUUGGUUGAAUCAAGUUUGAGAAGCGCUAGACAGUUUGUAGCCGGGGAUCCUUCCAGUGAACUGGCUAGAAACCUUCGUAGGGAACUCGUGAAGUUGUCGGAUAAAUGGAAUUCUCUCAUAGAUAAGUCGGAUAAAUUGGCGACAAGAUUGGAGCAAAAUAACGCUAAAUUGAAACUCCUCACGAUGAAUCUGGAAGAAGCUUCAACAGCCGUUUCUCGUCUGGAAAAAGCUACUCUGAGUUGGAGUGGCCCGAGAAGUGCGGCUGAAGCUAGGGAACUGUUGAAGAGCCUCAAGAACUUAGAAACUCAACUGCCGCCUCUGCAGAGAUCGCUGGAAGAGGCUCAAAUGCAGGCAGCCACCCUAACCGGCGCUUUACCGAACAAUUUGGCCUUUCAGCUGGAAGACUGCAGCGCCAGAUGCCGAGCACUGCAGAACGCCAUAAGGGAGAGGAGGGAACAAUUGACGAAUAGUACUCAAGGAGCGGUAUCACCUGGCCCUCCAAGUGUUCAGCCACCUUGGGAACGAGCAACCACGCCUAAUAAAGUGCCCUAUUACAUAAACCACAGCACGGAAACCACGCAUUGGGACCAUCCCCAAAUGCUCGAUCUGGCAGCUCAUCUGCUUCAGCUCAACGAAGUUCGCUUCUCCGCCUAUAGGACAGCUUUAAAACUUCGAGCGCUACAGAACAAACUGUGUUUAGACCGCGUACCGCUUCAGACUGCAUCCGAGGCCUUCGAUCUGCAUGGUUUACGCGGACAAAACGAUAAGAUCCUGGACGUGGCCGACAUGGUUCUCAUACUGAGGGCGAUUUUCGAGAAUGCAGCAUUAGAACAUCCCGAUGUGGUAGAUGUACCGCUUUGUGUGGAUCUAGCCCUAAACUGGUUGUUGAAUGUUUACGAUAGUCAGCGUACGGGUCAAAUAAGGGUUCUUAGUUUUAAGGUUGGCCUUAUAUUAUUGUCCAAAGGACAUUUGGAGGAGAAAUACAGGUAUUUAUAUCGCCUCAUAGCAGACCCCCAGCAGAAAGCGGAUCAAAGAAAGUUAGGUUUACUUUUGCACGAUGUACUUCAAGUUCCUAGGCAGCUCGGUGAGGUAGCAGCUUUCGGAGGCUCAAACAUUGAACCCAGUGUUAGGAGUUGUCUUGGCGACAGGGAAGAUUUGGAAGUGACCCAUUUCCUGGCUUGGUUGAACCAAGAACCCCAGUCUUUAGUGUGGUUACCAGUUCUACAUAGGUUAGCUGCGGCAGAAACAGCCAAACAUCAAGCGAAAUGCAACGCUUGCAAGCAAUAUCCAAUAGUGGGACUUAGAUACAGGUGUCUGAAAUGUUUCAACUUUGACAUGUGUCAGGCUUGUUUCUUCUCCGGUCGACUGACGAAAAGUCACAAACUCUCCCACCCGAUGCAUGAGUACUGCGCUGCCACUACUUCUAUCGAAGACAUGCGGGACUUUACGAAAGCCUUGAAGAACAAGUUCAAGAGUAAACGAUACUUCAUGAAGCAUCCGAGAGUUGGUUAUCUUCCGGUAAGGUCGGUUCUGGAAGGGGACGAGUUGGAAAGUCCGGUGGCAUCGCCGCAGCACAACGAUAUGCACUCGAGACUCGAAAUUUACGCGAGUAGAUUGGCGGAGGUCGAAUUGAGAGCUGCGUCCCCCGACGAGGAGCACAGAUUAAUCGCAGAUUAUUGUCAUUCGUUGGAAGGGGCGCCUGCGAGUCCGGGUCAGCUGAUGAUGGUUAUCGACGAAGAGCAGAGGGCCGAACUGCAGGAUAUGAUCAGGGAGUUGGAGGCCGAGAACGUGGCUUUACUUCAGGAAUACGAGCAGCUGCAGCGGGGAACCGCACCGCAACCACCCCAGCAGCCCCAGCACGACGUUUUGGCGGAAGCCAGGCUUCUGAGGCAACAUAAAGGACGGUUGGAAGCCAGGAUGCAAAUACUGGAGGAUCAUAACAGGCAGCUGGAAGCGCAACUGCAAAGAUUACGACAACUACUCGACGAACCCACAACCUCGACGUUACAAACGAGAAGCGUGACCGCUUCGCAACUGAAUCAGGAUAAUCCUGGUAGGGUGAAUCAACCACCUCCACCAGCCGAUCAUCGUUAAAGAAACGCACAUAACAUAUUAUGUCUUCUAACCAUAUCGCCACAAUGCUUGACUAUCAUAUCUAGUUAGUGUGAUUCCGAAAGUAAUGAGAUGAAUUAUUAGAGAAAGCUUUAAAUGUGGAGAUGUCACAAGAAAUCUUUCAUAACAUUGUUGCUUGGGGUUUUACCUAGUCUGUGUAAGCGUGUAGAUGAAAAUGCGAAAAUCAAAAAUGAGGUAGGUUAGGAACCGAAUGUGGAAGAUGGGCAUUAAAUGGUUUGUACUUAUGUUUAGGGAAUGUAACUUUACAAGUGAUUUUUAACGUAGACUAGCACAAAGUGCGUUUAAAGGGUAAAGCCCAACCUCUACAACUCGAAAGUAGUGCACUUUGAUUUAAUAUAGAAGGCCUACUUUUUUCCUGAAAUUCAUGGCAUAUUCGUGAUCUACGACCUCGAAUUAAUCAGUAAAAUGACCUGUUUCGAUAUACCUAAAUGAAAAUUUUUUUUUGGAGCGCGGGUAACGACAAGUGUCAGACGAAAUUAUUUUGAAUCCAAAAUUUUUUAUUUUUCGAAUGAUAUCGACCCAGGUGAUUUUUUUGACUAAUUUGAGGUCGUAGAUAACGAAUAUGCAAAUAGAUUUUUUUGUAGGAUCAGUAUUUUGGGAAAUAAAUCAUUUUUAU